AUCUAAACUAUUGUUAGAGGUCAGUUGGAAAUGCGAAUUAUUCUUAACUAGGAGUAUCCGCUGUUUAUUAGACCUCAAGAAUUAAUUUUGGAGUUACUAAAGUACAUCUUGCUUGCUUCAUUUGUUGUUUGCCGCCUUAUCAGCUCGAGCAAAGGCAGCUCAAGUCAACGAAAUCAAACUUAGUUGUGCUGCGACUGCCGAAGCUGAGACAUGUGGCUGCUGCGCGAAGCGUUCUUUUUUGGGCUACUGGCCAUGGCUUGGGCCUUCGGCGACGAGGCUAUCUUUGAGGACGAGGACAUCUACAACCAGGCACUGCCACCAGUUCCCCAUACGGGCAUCACGGUGCCCGGAACCAAGUGGUGCGGACCGGGCAACACGGCGGCGAACUUCGAGGAUUUGGGCCGCGAACGGGAGACGGACAAGUGCUGUCGUGCCCACGACCAUUGCGACGAGAUUAUCGAGUCCCACGGAGCACUCCACGGACUGCCCACCAACACAGACUGGUUUCCCAUCCUCAAGUGCACCUGCGAGCAGCAGUUUAUCAAUUGCCUGCAGGCAGUGAACAGCAUCACGGCCAAAACUCUGGGUCGUAUCUACUAUGGCAGCAGGAGCAGGUGCUUUGCCAACGGACAUCCCACCACCGGAUGCAAGCAGUACCAGGAGGGCACCUUCCGCAAGCGCUGUAUCCGCUACCAGGUGGACAAGUCCAAGGCCAAGGUCUGGCAGUUCUACGACAUGCCGUUCUUCACAAUCCCAGCGUCGGCGGGCUGACAUGAUAUCAACGAUUUGUAGACAAGAUGAUUACAUUACCUGAUGCGCACAUCACAUUAAUUAUUACUUAUAAGGUAAUCCCACUUUAAUCUGGAUGAAAUAUAAAAUACUCCGAAUAUUUUCUUG